CACGACACGCCUUUUUAUCUCCAUCCAAUGCCACUUCCUUCCCGCUCCGCCCACGUCUGCAACUUUUGCUCGUCCAUCUCUCGAGGCCCACUACCUUCACCCUCGCCCUUCCUAGGUAUUCUCAACCUGAAUCGCCGCAUCUCAUGUAUUACAAUCGCCUUGUCCACCUUACGAUACCAUGACUCUCCCGACCUUAUUCUCCCUAAUCGCAACCCGUCUCGUUCGCCGCUCAAACUGAGUACCUGACAGAGUACCGAGUACGCAGUACAGUCAUUGUCUUCUAGCACCAACAAACAGCCACGUUCACAUCCGCGUCUACAACACACGUUGCCCGCACAAGUCCUGCCACCGCUAUCCGUGGACCGUAUCUUAUUCUCACUCCUCCGCCCCGCUGGCCCCAUCAUCAUCCCGUGCUUCUUCUGCUGUACGACGAGAUACCCAUCUCGUCGCGUAUCGCAACUCCCAGCUCGGUUCCUGGUAUUCUACUGUACCUUACCCCAGACAUCGAACCCCGAAUCUAGGCACCUCGCCCAGACCCACGCCUUGAUCUUCCCGGUCCCGGUCCACCUCCCGGUUGUUGGCCUGCUAUCUAAAGAGCCGUCCCCGCCAACCCUCACAGCAUCCGACUUCCCCUUCUGUUUACUCACCCUUUGCUACCUUAUCAAGCCCGUGCUUCUUGGUUGGCCUUCUGCAUUUCCGACCACCACCGCUGACCUUCAACCGUCAAUAUUCGCCAUCCAUUCCAUGGCUCAACCAUUCAUCCUCGCUGCAUCUUAUUCGGUGUCUACUGCGCGCCCUCUCUGAAGUACUGAAAACCACCCCAACGGUGACUGGCACUCUCGACUGUAUCCACACUUUAUUCAACAACAUCUGCUGUUUUAGCAGCCGCUGGUCUUAUCUGAAGAAAGCUCAUCACGAAGAACAUCAACCCCAACUCACCCUUCAUGUCGACGACUUCAUCUCCCUCUCCGUUGCAAGGCCCAACGGGCCGUGUCGAUGAGAAAUCUCUACCCCAGGGUCAGUGCCGCUACAUAUUGCUCGUACCUGGUAUCAAAGGCCAACGAUGCGCCUGUGUUCACUUUUCUCUCAACCGAUCUACGCCCGGCGCUAGUUGCGACUGUGGGCACAUGGCCUGCUAUCACGUCAAGACCCCAGAGCCGUCAUCGACCAGAGAGGAGGUCGAACUUCUGAAGCAGCGACUUCAAGCCCUCGAAGAACAACUUGACCAGCAGAGACAAGGCGGUCUUGGAACCGUCGUUGCCAGAGUGAGCGAACUGGAGGACCUUGUCGACAAAAGCCGUGAAGAGAUAGGCCAGGAGAUCAAGGGCUCUUAUCGCAACAUCAACAGAGUAUGGCAGUCUGUAGAGCAGCUUGAGCGUCAAACCUCCCACCUCCGGGAAACCCUACGCUCUCAGUCAGAACACAUGGAACGUGUCAACGGGGAGUUGAAGAGCGUCAGCAAUCGUCAAUUGGAGCUUUUUGACGCCGACGAAAGCAUCGAAGAGAGACUGGAUCAGCUAGAAUCGGACCAUGAUUCUUUAGCCAGUCGAGGUGGCCAGAUCCCGAACAUGACAGAGGAAGCAAUCUUGUCACGGCCAGACGCUGUGACGGCCUCCAACCUGCAACAGUCGCUGGGAGCCACUCUGUAUUCACAGCCCGAGGCCGAGGUCAUUCCAGGAGAAACCAUCCGUACCUCGCCAGCCCUCAGCGCCGCCGAUUCCAACACAAGUUCAAGCAACUGUGGGGCUUGGACAGUUCAUAUUUCGCUUCUUCCGACAGCCUCUCAGCCUUUCCCAUUCGAAAGGGACACCAACGCCUACAAGCGCUGCUUGUCCCGAGGGCUCCACCGGACUGUAGUAGUUGGCGGCCCAGAUAGUGACUCUUUUGUUGAGGCUGUCACAAAAUCCUUCGGUAGCCUACUCAGAGGAAGAUCAUGGAUGCCUCUACAGGCCAAGCUGUGCGACGCAGAAAAGCUCCAAGGGCUUCCCAUGCUCAGGCCACUGGACUCCAGACUUGUUGACAGCGACUAUGAUCUCAACUUUCUCAAGAGAUUCUGCGGCGUCUGCGAGGCCAACGGCAAGAUCGAUUCUCUGUAUAUAGCCAUGCGCCAGGACAAGUUUUCAUGGCACUUUCUACGAAACUCUCCGAUAUUCAUAGAGGGUCUCGAGAAUUGCUGGAUUUACGAUCACUUCUUGGAUCCAAACGACCCAGUUGAAGAUGACCACAUGGAAGAGCAUGAUCGACCCUCCGCCGGAGACAUUGUCCCGAGUCUUCCAAACUUGAAACGAGCAGCAUCCGAGAUGUCACGAACAGCUGGCUUAACAGCUGCAACGACAGGCAGCGAUUCUGACGGCUCUCGAACCAAGACACCCCGGACCUCUUGCCUGCCAAGUCUAGUUGAAUCGCGGAGGCGUUUAGAGACUGUGUGAGACACUUGGUCUCUUCCCUUUUUCAACACGUUCCCCCGUCUAGCUUUGGCCUGUGGGAUUUGUUUUUACUGCAUUUUAGACGCGUGGUUGGCGUCCAGGGCCCGUCUCUUCGAAGCAGCAGUGGCGAAUGUUGCGCGCUGCGCGCUGCACUGGCGCCAAUGCUUCACGAAUGAGGUCUUUCGAGACGAUAGAAGGCUGAUCCACCUGAUAGAGGACAUUUAUACCCAUUUCGUUUAUUUACGCCCAAGGGCACAAAGAAGCACUGUCUUGGUCAGUUUCCUAUACAUGUACAGGGGAAUUGGGAGAUCCGGAAAGAGACAAAAAGCCUUUGAGAAAGUUUAGUGAUAGUCUUAGGUAGGAUAAGGUAGUCUUGAUCUUUUGAACAAAAAGUCAUCUGUCACAAUGCUGUGCCUUAUUUGAGGUGUAAUGAGACUGCAAAUUUCGGUGUGGCAGGCUUAUUAUUGUUUUGCUCAACGUCGAUGGCUCCUGCCUGUGAAAUCAAGUUGGUAUGCCGGUAGAGCCCGAAUCGGAGGACCUUCGGACUAGACGGAAGUAAAAUUGGCG